AUGGUUCGACCACCACCAUCAUCUCAAGAUGAUUCUUUUUCUACUGAUAAUACGAAUACUUCAUUUACAUCGUUUCUAAGUGAAUCAGGUGAAUUUACUGUAACAUCAAAUGCUAGUCCAUCACCACAUCGAACAACUAAUAAUCAAAAUGAAUUAUCACAACAUCGAUAUCCAUAUGUUGCACAAUAUUUGAAUAUUUAUUAUAAGAGAAGUCUUGAUCAAUCUAUGAUAGCCGCAACAGUGCAACUAGUUGAGAAUACACUCGCACUUUAUGGUAGCAUGGACGAUGAAGCAGCUAAUUCCUAUAUACUUUCAUUUAUUCUAUUACGUGUUGGUUGUAUAUCUAAAACAUAUGAUUUUGAACAAUUUAUUGAUAUGAAUCGAGAAGAAAAGGAUAUCAUUAUUAAAGAAAAUUGGUCAGGCAAAAAAGUCUUGAUGAAUUUAAAAUCAAAAGACGAUGAAAUAGAAAAAAAUUAUAAACGUUUUGAAGCAUUUUUUUCCACACUUGCUUGUCUUCGUUUCGAUGAUGUCCUACGAAUGAAUAAUGAAGCCAAUUUAAAAAAAGUGAUUUUUCUAUUAAUCGAUGAUAUUCAAUCACCUAUUAUUGAAUAUCGUUUUACGAUAUUACUUGCUCUUGAAGCUAUUCUUCGUGGUUUAAUGACAACUGUUGUUCAUGGGAGACGAAAUAAACCAGGAAAAAUUUCACCUUUUAUCGGAAAUAAGGAUGCCACCAAAAUCUUUGAAUUUAUAUCAAUGGUAUCUAAUAAGGCUUUGGUACCACGUCUAUCUGAUUCUGAACCACAAAUUGGUCAACUGGCAUUUCAAGCAUUGAUUGAAUUAUCUGAAAUUUGUCCUAAUUCAUGGAUACCUAAAGAAGCUUUUGAUGAAUGUAUCUAUUCGAUUGUUUCACAGGAAGAUAGAUAUGAUUUUAAUUAUUCGAUUCGACUUUUUCGAACUUUAUUAACUCAUAAAGAACUCGAUAAAGAAUCGAUUCGUCACUAUGUUCAACAUUUACUAAUGAGAAUUUCGUCCGAGGAAUACGAACUCAUUUCUGUAUUGAAUACAAAUUCAAUAUAUAAAUUGAUUAAUGAUAUAUUAGCAAUUUAUCCGGAAGUGUUUUCAACAAAAACGAUCUAUCAUUGGUCAAGUGGAAUAUUUCAAGAUAAUAAUCGAACACAACAAUUAGCUUUAAACUAUCUUCUUAGUCUUAUUCAAAUGAGUGAAGAUCAAUUUCAAUCAACAACAAUAUGGCCAUAUAUUAUUCAUGUUUAUAUGAAUAUAUUUAAGUCACAUGUAAGUGAAGAAGCAACAGCAUGUUUAAUACAUGCAAUAGAAAAUAAUUCUAAAAUUUCAACAAUUCUUUCGAAUCUAUCUGGUAUUGAACAUUACAUCGAAACGAAAAUUUUUGAUAAUUCACAAGUAUCGGUAAUUAUUGUAAUUCUUCAAUUGCUUCGUUCACUUUUUAUUCUUCAUAUUAACCAACAACGAACACACAUGUUAGUUAACGAUGAUGAAAAUGAUGAAGAUACUCUAUGCCGAAAUAUUAGCCGACUAACAUUUAAAUUCAUAACACGACUUUUUCAACAAGGUAAUAUUAACAAAUCAAUUUUAACUGAAUGUUUAACGGCUUUACAAACAACAAUUUGUGCAUUACCAGUUGAUUAUACCAGAGAGAAUUUGCUUUCAUUAGAUGAUUUAAUUAAUGAGAUGAGAAUGAUGGUGGCGACUCAUCAAUUUGCUGAUACAUCCAUCGAUACAGAUAUGAAUGAUUAA